AUGAUAGUGCAGCGACCGCAAUGUACGUUUUUUUUUUUGGGAAAAGAAUUCCUCAAAUCGUGUUUUGCUGUUUUGUGUGCCCGUGCAUUCCACCAACUUGAUCGGCUGCCUCUUAACAGCAUUUUUUCAACUUUUCGUGGCCGUGUGACUCUCACAUCGCCACUGCGUGUCUUCCGCUUCUCUUUCUGUAGGACCACUGCAUCGUAUGUUUCUUCUGCUGCUCCACACGUUUACGACUGCUUGGUGUUCCCUUAUUCAUCUGGCUCGUACAUUGCGGUCGCUGCACUAUCAUCUUGCUUAAACUAAUUUAGAGCCAUC